AAGCGAGCCUCCUAUUGGCCAGUCGGACUUUGCUCAGCCAAUCCGUGCGCAUAACGUCACAGAACAAACCAACAUGGUAGACGUCCGGUCCGCCCCCUGAAACUGAAAGUGGUGGGCUCAAAAUGAUGAAUGAGGAAGCAUUAUUUUGGACUCACGUUCACCUGCGAAGAGACAAGGAAGCCGACAAGAGCCGUUUAAGUGUCAGGUAACGUGCUGAGAUGGCGAGCGGACAGCUGUCGAGGGCCGAGGCGUUGGCGUGCCCGGGCUGCAGGCACGCGUGCCAUGUGAUGCUCUACUGUGACACGGAAACUCAGCUGUUUGGGAUCCACCCCAUCCGGCAUAUCAUACUGAUGCAGAUGCGCUUUGACGGUCUGCUGGGUUUCCCUGGAGGGUUCGUCGACCCGUCGGAGGAGUCCCUGGAGGCGGGGCUCAGCAGGGAACUGUCGGAGGAGCUGGGUGUGGCCCUUCCUAUACUGGAGGAAGAUCACUUGGACUCCUGCUACGGCCCUCCUUCAUCCCCUUCCUCCUCUUCCUCCUCUUCCCGUCUCAUCACCCACUUCUACGCGAAGAAGAUGGAGGAGGAGCAGAUUAGGGCGGUGGAGAGAGCUGCUGUGACCACGGCAACGGAUCACGGACAGGAGGUCCUCGGGAUGGUCCGAGUCCCUCUCUACACCAUGGAAGGUGGGAAAGGCCUCGCGCCGUUCCUGUCGCACUCGUUCGCCGGCAGCGCCCGCUCCCAGCUGGCCGACUCCCUGCUGCGCCUCCACCUGGUCGCCCCGGAGGAGCUGCGCGACGCCUCCGCGCGCGCUCUGCAGAUACGGGCGCGCGGCGCAGACGAGCUGCGGGCCGCUAUGUUGGAGGCCAAGAGGAAGCCGCUUUGAAACGCCACCUGCACGUGCACCAGACACAUCACAGCAAUCUUUGCUCCACCAUUAAUGCAAAUAAAACUCUCUGUGACUUCA